AUUCCUAAUGCUCUGCGAUCUUCACGUAAUUGUUGGCAGCUUGCUUACAGUAUGCAUGUAUGGUCGAUGUGAUCUCCAUGAUAUAUAUAUUUACUGCAAAGGCAUUUUAACUUGUCAUUCAGAAAACAAUCUCUCCAACUGAUAUAAUCUCCAUUAGAAAUAGAGGUUGACUUUGAGUACUCAUCUUGGAGUUCUUGUCAAUGGAAGGCAACCGCUUUCUUGGUCCGGUACUAUCUUCUAUCGAUCCAUCGUCCACUUUGUUACCCUAUUAACCAUCACCAGUCUCUUUGAUCUCUUUUAUUCAUAUAUUUUUAUUUUUAUCGAAUGAUAUUGUUCUUUGAUUAAUGUAUUUGCAGACUUGUGUGCUUAAAGUAAAUAUUAAAUGUUGCAAGGCAUGUCCUGUGAAACUGAGGAAGAAGGUGCAAAAUAGCAACGGAGUGAAUUCCAUACUUGUAGAUAAAGAAAAAGACUUGGUUCUAGUUUGUGGCAACAUAGACCCAACAAAACUAGUAGAUGCAAUCAAAAGGAUUGGGAAAAAAAAUGCAGAGGUUCUGUUCUAUGAAAAGGAUCCUUCUCUCGUCCCACAAAAGCUAAACCACCUGUUCAACAAGAUAAGUAGCACCCAUUGCGAAGAUUCUGAUACUGUGGUUGAUGACGCUGAAGAGGAUAACGAAGAUAACAAUGAUGUUCAAGACAAAAGUUGUGAAUUUUCCAAUAACAAUACAAUUCAUAAAUUGAAGCGUGGUCGUGGGUCUCACAGGCAUGAUUACAACGUGCAUGGUAAGGGAUCAGAGACUAUUAAUAUAAGAGAUAGGGUCUUUGCUAAUCCUUCUGCUGCUGCUGCAACCCGAGGCUACGGGCAUGUUCCAGCAGGGUUGCCGCUAGCGCCUAGACCGCCGUAUGUAUAUCAAAGCUAUGAUCGGUAUCCGACAGUGAUGUACUCUGGGCCGCCACGGCCACUACUGCCUGCUUAUCACGAUUGUUAUAGACAAAUUAAUCUGCCACCACCAGGAGCAGCAUUGAUCAUGCAGCCGGCCUAUAAUCCUUACUACAAACGGUGGGAUCCACCAAAUUCCAACUCGAUCUUCCACUACUUUAGCGAUGAUAAUAGUGAGGCGUGCACUAUAAUUUGAGCAGCUGGCUGCAACAUUAAGCAUGCGUUUUCUUGGCCUCUUGGUACGCAUGAUAUUUGUGUGAUAAAGACAGGUUGAAAGACUCGUGUCCAAGCGAUUAGAAUUUUAAAAGCGGUGUGUGAUUUUGCACAGAAUAUUGAUUCAUUUGGAAUAUUUUUGUUUUUCUUUUUAUCCAAACAGGUUGCUUUGGAUUCCAUUGAACAG